UAAAGGUGUAGGUUUAAAUUAUUGACAAUCUCACCACAAUCAUGAAUAUAAAUUAACUUACAAUGUCCGUCCAGUAAGCCCACAGAGUCUGAAAAGAUAAAGAUGAUAAUAACAUCCAAAAAAUAUGAUCUUGAGAGGCGAACAGCUUCUAACUCCUACUCAGCUUUAACCCAUCUUCAACCCUCACAAUUUAAUAACAGCUUCCAUCUUUAACAGUCAUAUGUAAACUUGACUCAAUUUUAAUAUUUCUCAGUCUUUUUAGUUUUUAUUUUUCUUAAUUUUACAAAAUCAACUAAACUUAUUGCAACCAAUUUGACUGUUAUUAACAAUUAAUCUCAUAUCGUUUCAAUAUUUCUCAUUUCAUCUCUUGUUUACAUUGUUGUUUACCAUGUUAUGUGGAUAUAGAUUUUUAUGUUUUGGUUUUUCUUGUGCAACUCGCCAUCAACAUUCAUUUUUAAUAUGUUUGUGCACGUAUUCAAAUGAUUAGCAUAAUUUAUUAAUUAUCAUUGGAUUAUUGAUAUUAACCAACGACUCUGAACACAAAAGAAAAAGGAAGAUAAAGAAGAACCAAAGCAACAACUUUUAUUCCAAACUUUUCAUCUUCUGACUUUCCUACUCAAUCCAUCUCCCCCUUCUCUCUCUGUUUUUCUCUUACUUUUUCAGCUUAUGGGGUUUUUAUUGUUUCAGUCGUUUCUUUAUUUUAUAUUUUUUGAUUUGUUUCUCAUUAAUAACCGACCAGUGUUAGUUUAACCAUCGAUAGAGGCUGAUCCGGAAAUGGCCUUUCUGUGCUCAGCUCGUGUAAGACGAAAUAAAAAGACCAAAGACAUAGACAAGCCAACUACUCGUCAACCAAUUCUAGGUCGUAUCACUGGAAGUAAUUCAAUUGAAACAUUGGUCCGAGUUGGUAUUGAAAAGGAAAAUGGCUUGUCACCUGAUUCAAAGAUGGUUGUCUUACAUGAUUUUAAUCCCUGUGUUGAUGAUGAACUUGAAGUUAAACGAGGCCAAAUAGUUAAUAUACUGUACCAAGAGAAAGGAUGGAUCUAUGUGAUUGCGGAAAAUAACCAAGAAGGUUUUAUACCACACUCAUAUUGUGCACCCAUUGGAAGUCAUUUAGCCGAUCUAGCCUUAAAUAUUAAACACAAGAAAAGUCAUCGAAAUGGUUUGGACACAAGCAAUACAAAUGAUGCACCUAAUGAAAUAAAUCACCAUCAAACAUAUCUGAACAAUACAUCGCAUCACCAUGUCAAUAAUAGUGCUCACAAUCUCAACAACAUUAAUAACAACAACAUCAACAACAAUUUGAAUAUAAAUAACAACAAUCAAAGUCACAAUCAUCAUCAUCAAACUCAGUAUCGCCAUCUUAAUCAUCAUUACUCUAAUAGUUUACUUGAAGAUGAAAUCAAAGACAAUCAUUUAUUGCAUGUAAGCUCAGCGCCGCCAUCCAUUGAAGUUUCACCAUUUCACAAGGAUCCGUCUGGUCAUUAUAUUGUUUUAUUCACUUUUAUCGCUCGAGAUGAGAAUGAUGUAAGUGUUGAAAGAGGAGAAUCAGUGACUGUUCUAAAUAAAGAGGAUACUGAUUGGUUUUGGAUUGUUAGAUCUGAUGGACAAGAAGGUUUCGUUCCGUCAGCUUUUCUCUGUCCCUUUGAGAUGAUUCAAGAUCCCAGUAUGGUUCAUCAACAAGCAGCCAAUUCUUCAGCACCCACCUCAAAUGGUAAUUCAUGUAGCUCAAUCAACCGUAUACCCAAUGGUAAUGGGGCUGGUAGUGGCAGCGGUUGCGGUGGAGAAGGAGAAGGUGGCAGUGCAAGUGGUGAGGUUAACUCAGGAUCUAUUGGUAACCAUCGUCCUAAUAAUAAUCACCAUCAUCACCACCACCAUCACCAUCAACACCAUUUACUUGAUAAUUUAAUUGACCACAAUUCACCCAGUCCACCUCCACCACCUCCAUCUCAAGAGGAUAGUGGUGAACUCUUGAUGACACCGGUUAUUGAAGGUCGACCCUUUGGAACAGAAUUGGUUAUGUUAUAUGAUUAUAAAGCUCAAGCGCCAGAUGAUCUCAGUGUUAGACGAGGCGAUUGGAUAUACGCUAAUUACAAUAAUCAAAAGGUUGAUGGUUGGCUUUGGGCUUAUGCUCCUAAAAUACGUAAAUACGGAUUCAUUCCUAAAGCCUACGCUCGCCCUCCUGCUAUAACUUCGUAGCAUUAAAUUUUGUUUUUAUCUUCACUCAAUAUUUUCAUAAUUGUUGACUUCAACACGCCAAUAUCCUAUUUUAUUAGACUGAUGAAUUGUUUUCCUUUUUCUUUCAUCCAACUCUAAUGGAGGAAUGAUGAUCAAAACUAGAUUCAUGCGUUUUCUAAUUUAAUUUGAAACCUUCCUUCUAAAACUUGCAGAUCCCUUUAUUGGUCCAGUGAUUGAAGAUUGUAAAGGAUAAAUUGGAGGCACAAUCAAACAUCAACUUAAAACAUCUUCCAUUCAUUUGGCCGUUAAUUUUGAUCUUUAUUUCAGUUGGGUUUUUAUUUUAUUUUUUCAACCCAAUUAAAGCAUCUCGCUAUUAAUUUUAUUAAUUUUGUUAUCAUCGUCAUCACAGUCAUUCACAACUCAUCAGUUUCAACUGUUAAAUAUAUAACUUUUCCUAUUGAA